GCGCCGAGCCGAGCCGAGCCGAGCCGGGAGAGACGCGCGGAUGGGCAGCUCCGCGCCGGAGCCAGCCCCGUCCCUCCUCCCCGCCCCCUCCGCUAUGUCUGUCUAGCCGGCGGCGGCGCCUGUCCGGCCGGGAGCCCCCCAAACUUCCCGCGGCUGCCCCCGACCCUGAACCCCCGGCCAGCGCCGUGGAGCAAGAAGCCAACUUCGGUCGUGCCUCUCGGCCACCCCCCUUCCCGGCCCGGCGCUGCUCCUCGCUCGAGUCCCCGGGCGGAGUUGGGGCUCCAAGUUUCCGUGUUAGUUUGAGGGGCUGCUUCGGCUGUCGCCUGCGGCUGGGUGCCGGGUGCCGGGGCACGACCGGCCCCGGGGGAGGCUCCUCUGCCUGUGGGGAGGCUCCCCGCCCUGAUCAGUUGAUCAGUUAGGGCGACUCAAGUCCCCUUGGACACGAGAAAGUCGCUGGUUUAUAUUUGGGGUUCAGUAGCGCCCUGGGCUGGGGCUGAAGACUCGGGGCUCUCUUUGCCCCCCGGGAAGAAGAAACGUCUGCUUCUGCUGGGAGCCGGUGGGCAAUUGCGGUGAUUGCUCCCGUCUGAUCUUAGCCGGGAGGCUGGGGCUUAGCUAGUUAGUUUCGCUGCUGCUGGGAAGGGUCGCUCCCGUCCGUUGCUUCUCCAGGGCAGAUCAGUAGGUGCAUAGCUGAGUCCCUUUCGCAUUGCGGAGCUCGCUCUCCCCUUUCAUAACAUAGUGAGACAAACGGGAGAGUAGCUUUAAAACAGCCUUCAAUCCUAACAAGAGACUGGCCAAGAGGAUCCGAAGCAGCUCCCAUGGAUGGCAGGCUCAAAUCGGACUCGCUAAACUGGAGGUAGACUCCCUGUUUGUGGAUCAAGGUACUCCUUCUUACUUGCUGAGACAAAAUAUUUCUGGAAGCUGCUCUUUCCAGAAAUGACAUUUCAAUGUGAGUUUAUCAGCGUAACCAUAAUCUGUAGACAUGCUGUUGCAGAGAAGGAAGUACUUCUGGAACUGAUACAAGUCUUAAGGAGGAACUCUGUAUCACUACAGGUGCAAUGUAAUCUUAUGGGUUAGUGCCUUGGAAGCCAGCAACAGAACUACUGUGUUCAAAAUGGUUUAUGGUGAAUUUUUCCAUAGACCGGGGAAAGAUGAGGAACUUAUCAACUUGAAUGUGGGUGGCUUUAAGCAAUCAGUUGAUCAAAGUACUUUGCUCCGAUUUCCCCAGACCAGACUUGGAAAACUGCUCAAAUGCCAUUCUGAAGAGGCUAUCCUGGAACUGUGUGAUGAUUACAGUGUUGCAGACAAGGAAUAUUACUUUGAUAGGAACCCUUCUUUCUUUAGAUAUGUUUUGAAUUUUUACUAUACAGGUAAACUGCAUGUCAUGGAGGAACUUUGUGUCUUCUCCUUCUGCCAGGAAAUAGAGUACUGGGGGAUCAACGAGCUGUUCAUUGAUUCUUGCUGUAGUAAUAGGUAUCAAGAAAGAAAAGAAGAAGGUCAAGAUAAGGACUGGGAUCAGAAAAGCAAUGACAGAAGUAUAGACUCUUCCAAUGAAGAAUCAUCCAUAUUUGAAAAAGAGCUGGAGAAAUUUGAUGAACUGUGGCUUGGUGAAAUACGAAAGAAAGUAUGGAUCAGAAUGGAAAAUCCUGGGUACUGCUUAUCAGCCAAGUUAAUUGCAAUUUCCUCCCUGAGCGUAGUGCUAGCAUCAAUUGUAGCCAUGUGCAUCCACAGCAUGCCAGAGUUCCAAAGGUGGGAUGACAAUGACAGAGAGAUUGAAGAUCCUGUUUUGGAAGCCGUGGAGAUAGCGUGCAUCGUCUGGUUCACCGUCGAGUUAGUGAUAAGGCUUGCUGCAGCUCCAAGUCUAAAGAAGUUCUGGAAAAACCCUCUCAACAUCAUAGAUUUUGUCUCUAUUAUUCCAUUUUAUGCAACCUUGGCCGUGGACACAAAGGAUGAAGAAAGCGAAGACAUUGAGAAUAUGGGGAAAGUGGUUCAGAUCCUACGGCUAAUGAGGAUAUUUCGCAUCCUGAAACUGGCAAGGCACUCUGUAGGACUGCGGUCUUUAGGUGCCACUUUGAGACAUAGUUACCAGGAAGUUGGACUUUUGCUUUUGUUUCUGUCUGUCGGGAUUUCUAUAUUCUCAGUUUUGGUCUACUCAGUGGAAAAAGAUGAUGAUGAGUCAGAACUGCACAGCAUCCCGGUCUGCUGGUGGUGGGCAACUAUCAGUAUGACCACUGUCGGCUAUGGAGACACUUUCCCGGUCACCUUACUGGGAAAGUUCAUUGGUAGCAUUUGUAUUCUCUGUGGAAUAUUAGUGGUGGCCCUUCCAAUCACUAUAAUUUUCAACAAGUUUUCUAAAUACUAUCAAAAGCAAAAGGAUAUUGAUGUAGACCAGUCCAACAGUGAUCACAAAGAGAAAUGUAAUGAGCUACCAUAUUUUAACAUUAGGGAUAUUUAUGCAAAAAGGAUGAACUCCUUCAUUUCUAGCCUUUCUUCAGUAGGGAUUAUAGCCAGUGAUCAAGAUUCAACAGACGCCUCCAGCAUCCAAGAUACUGAGGAUAUUUAUAACACAACAUCUGUAGAGAAUGGUACUGGAAAAUGAGUUGAAUCACUUUCUCUUUCCUUUAUUUCUGUUUUCAGAUAUUUGGUUAAUGCAGAUUUAUAAACUUCAGUGAAUUUAAGAGCACUUAAUUCUCAGGGUACUUAACUGUCAGCCAUAUUUGGACAUUCUUUGCUCUCAUGUUGUCACGCAGGCUUUAUUGUUUAGAUGAGACUUAAAAAUAUACCUCGUAUGGCAUUUUAGUUUUCACAUGACUAGUUCUAUGCAUUUUGGGAGAGUGGGGUGGAAAAAGCUGAAAAAUGAUAUAAAUUAAAUGCAAGUCUAAUGUUU